UAAACUUCACUUCGUUUAGGUUAUGUUUCGACACAUAGGAGGGAUGUGCGAUAAUUCUUAUCAAAAGGAGAAAAAUCUCAACUCUUAUCUCAAAACCGAGUUUAAAUCAACAUGGAGAAGCCAAAUAUUUUAAUUUUAGGAGGAUGUGGAUUCAUCGGGAGGAAUCUCGUGGAGUAUCUCGUUGAGGAGGAUUUAGCCCGAUUUAUCCGAGUCGUGGAUAAAUGCCCCCCUCAACUUGCUUGGUUCAAUAAAAAUCACCAAAAAUGCUUCAAAAACGAAAUUGUUGAGUUUAAAAGUGCUAAUUUGAUUAAUCCGGAAUCUUGCUCAAAUGCUUUCUCCACGGACGAUUUUUCUUGGGAUUUUGUUAUUAAUUGUGCUGGAGAGACCAAAUAUGGCCAAACUGACCCUGUGUAUUGUGAGGGGAUCCUCAAUUUGAGUCUAAAUUGUGCUAGGGAGAGUGCAAAACACCUUGUGAGGAGAUAUGUUGAGAUAUCCUCAGGGCAAAUGUAUUCAAAUGAAAAAAUUGGGCACAAAGAAGAUUGUAAUAAUGAGCCUUUUGGGUCAAUUGCUAAAUGGAAGUUGGAGGUUGAAAAAGAAUUGGGGAACAUCCCCAAUUUGAAAUUUACCAUCUUAAGACCUGCUUUAGUGUAUGGUUGUGGAGAUAAAUCUGGUUUAACAACUCGAAUUGUUGCUGCAGCUCUUUAUAAAGAGUUAGGAAAAGUUAUGAAAUUAUUAUGGAAUUCUAAUUUAGCAUUAAACACAAUUCAUGUAAAAGAUUUAUGCAAAGCAAUCCUUUUUGUUUGUAACAAAGAAGAAAAAGUUGUGGGGGAAAUCUUUAAUGUGGUUGAUGAAGCUUCAUCAACUCAAGGAACUUUGGCUAACAUCCUUUCAGAAAUAUUUAACAUAAAAAUCGAUUAUUAUGGUACCUUAUUAUCAGCAGUUGUUGAUUUAAAUUCAGUAGCUGAUGAAGCCAAUGAUAAACAUUUAGCCCUUUGGGCUGAAGUUUGCAAACGCGAGGGGACCCAAAAUACGCCUUUAACGCCUUAUAUGAACCCAGAAUUAUUAUCAGAUAAGCAUUUACACUUAGAUGGGGGGAAAUUAAAAGGUUUAGGGUUUAAUUGUGAUGUUCCAAAACCUUCCCUUGAUAAUAUUAAGGUUGUUAUUGAGGAUUUUAUUGUGAUGGGGAUUUUUCCUAAAGCUCUACUUUAAUUUUUUUUGAUUAAUUAUGUUUUGGGGGAAUUUAAGUUUAAGGGAUAAAGUCAAUUAUGUGCUCAAUUUGUAUUGUAAUGCUUUUUUUUGAAUUUUUUGUACUUAAUGUGGCGUAAUUAACGAGUUGAGGUGCUUUUUUUAUACUAUUAUAAUGAUAUUAUUGAAAUAAAAUUGAAUAUAUAGUUUUUAUAUAUAUGUA